UGUCAUCCUACCAAAACUUUGUCAUCCUAAACUUCGUAGUUAUCCUUUUUCCAAGACCGAUCUACUCUCACUUCAAUCACUCUAGUUUCUUCUUCCUUUUCUCAUCUUUUUCUCGGGGACUUUGCCUCUAGUUCCUCUGCUUUGCGCUACACGGCGGCCAAAAGGGAAGGGAAAAAGGGAAGAUGAUCAUCAAAAGUACAGCUGAUCUCGUGAAAGACGAGCUCCCAAUCGAGCAGGAAGCGAUGGUGAUUCCAGAGGACGGAGGAGCUGUCUCCGGUCUGGUACUUGUGGACAUCAUCAACGGAUUCUGCACUGUUGGAGCCGGGAAUUUGGCUCCAACGGAGCCGAAUACGCAGAUCACCGAAAUGAUUAAGGAAUCAGAGAGCAUGGCAAGGCUAUUCUGUGAGAAGAAGCUCCCUGUCAUGGUUUUCCUUGAUUCCCAUCACCCUGGAAAGCCUGAAAACCCAUACCCUCCUCACUGUCUUGUGGGCACCCCUGAAUCCAACUUGGUUCCCGCUUUAGAGUGGCUGGACAAAGAACCAAACGUGACAAUCAGAAGGAAGGACUGCUUCGAUGGGUUCUUGGGAUCAAUACAGGAAGAUGGGUCCAACGUUUUUGUCGACUGGGUUGCCAAGAAUGCCAUCACAAGUAUAGUGGUGGCUGGGGUGUGCACAGACAUAUGCGUGCUGGACUUCGUCUGCUCGACGCUAUCAGCCAGAAACCUGGGAUUUCUGAAACCUCUGGAGAAUAUAUAUUUGUCUAGUAAAUAA